GCCUCCUGAUCGCAACCUUCGGGGCGGAGCAGAUGCUGUCGGGCUGCGGCGGGCUCGAGGACUCGCACUGGGAGGUGUACCAGGCUCUGCUGGACCACGUCGUCGCCAUCUUCUGCGUCCUCGCGUCCGACGCCCUCUUGGGACCACCCAGCCCCGCGAAGCUGGCAGUGCAG